AUCUUUCAAGUUUAAAGUUCUCACAUUGAGUGAUUAUACCUCCUUUGUAGUCUAGUCUGCAGCCGCCUGGUGGAGUUAAACUUGAACUUUAAAUGGAUUAUAGAAUUUGAAUUCCAGACGCGCAUUUUAAACCGCAGCUGCGGUCAAUCGCCACUAACGAGUCUGUCCAUCAUGCUGCUGCUGCUCGCGGCGCUGCUGUUCUGUGACGACCCUCAGCACGCGGAGUGCGUGCCCCUCAGGGAGAGCGGCCGAGAUUGGCUGGUCCGGGCGCAGAGCUACAUGACCUCUGACCCUGAGACCGUGGAGGAGCUGACGGCGGACGACAUGACUGUGCUGGAGGGAGACCUGGUGCUGUCGACUGAUCGGAACGCAGUGAACAACAGGUGGCCGACGUCAUCGAUACCGUACGCCAUUGAUGCAACAUUGGAGGGCCGGACAAAUGACAUUGAGGCUGCCAUGGCGAUGGUGUCGGAAGAGACCUGCCUGACCUUCCAUCUCCGGACCAGCGAGCCAGACUACCUGCUCUUCCAAACCAGUAAAGGUUGUGCGUCAUACGUUGGCUUCAUCGGCGGGAAGCAGCCCGUGUUCGUCGGGCCUCAGUGCCGGGUCGGCAACAUCAUCCACGAAAUCCUGCACGCAGCCGGCUUCCACCACGAGCACACAAGGCAGGACCGCGAGAAGUUCAUCAGCAUCCAGACGGGGAAUAUCAUGCAGGGCAUGGAGAAGAACUUCAACAAAAGGUCAGGUGCCACCUUCGAGCUGCCUUAUGACAUCACCUCCAUCCUGCACUAUGGCAGCCACUUCUUCUCGGUGAACGGACAGCCGACCAUCGUGCCCAAUGAGAGUGUGAAAGGGAUGGGCCAGAGGAGGAAGAUGACGCCGCUGGACGUGGCCAAAGUUCGCCAGCUGUACAAGUGCGACCCUGCUGAAGCGGACGGGUCCCGAUGACAGGGAAACAAGGUUUCGACCUCUGCUUAACUCACAGCUGACCAGCGCGCCUCUAAUAAAGUGAAUGUCUGAAACGC